AGAAUCCUUUUCACUGGAUAAAGCUGCAGUCUUUGUGGCUGGCCGGGUAAGAUUGAAGAUAAAGAAAAGUGCUCGUUAAAGAUAAAGAAUUAAUUCUCCGACGGAUUUUUAUAUUUAUUUAAUUUGCUCUGUCGCAUCCCAAUUUCUUGGAGCAAUCGAUGAAUCGGGAUGGGGAGUAACUGCGGGGAGACGGCGACGGCGGCGGAGCCGCCGAACGGAGUAUGGGCGCCGGGGAAACACUACUACAGGAUCUGGCAGACGGUGUUCGAGGUGGACAGGAAGUACAUCCCGAUCAAGGGGAUAGGGAGAGGGGCGUACGGCGUCGUGUGCUCGUCGGUGAACAGGGAAACCGGCGAGAGGGUGGCGAUCAAGAAGAUCUGCGACGUGUUCGGGAACAGAGUGGACGCGCUGAGGACUCUGAGGGAAUUGCGGCUUCUGCGGCACGUCCGGCACGAGAAUGUGAUCGGUUUGAAGGAUGUGAUGAUUCCCCCUGUCCAAGCAGCAGGAGGCUUCUUCAAGGAUGUGUAUUUGGUCUAUGAGUUAAUGGACACUGAUUUGCAUCACAUCAUCAAGUCCUCUCAAUCCCUCUCCAAUGACCAUUCCAAGUAUUUCCUCUUCCAGCUACUUCGUGGAUUGAAAUAUCUUCAUUCAGCAAACAUUCUCCACAGGGACUUGAAGCCCGGAAACCUUUUGGUGAAUGCCAACUGUGAUUUGAAGAUUUGCGAUUUCGGGUUGGCAAGAACUACAACCACUACACGGGGAGGCAAUAAUGAACCUCAGUUCAUGACUGAAUAUGUAGUGACUCGCUGGUACAGAGCGCCGGAGUUGCUUCUGUCGUGUGAUAACUAUGGGACCUCCAUUGAUGUCUGGUCGGUCGGGUGUAUAUUUGCAGAGAUUCUUGGUAGGAAACCGCUCUUUCAAGGCUCAGACUGUCUGAGUCAGCUAAGGCUCAUCGUCGCGGUUCUCGGGACGCAACCCGAAGUCGACCUUCAGUUCAUCCAUAACCCGAAGGCCAAGAAGUUCAUCCGAUUGCUCCCGUUUUCUAGGGGAAUUUGUUUCUCUUCCAUGUUCCCGGACGCCGACCCUCUGGCCCUGGAUUUGCUGCGACGGAUGCUUGUUUUCGAUCCGUCGAAGCGAAUUACGGUCUCUGAAGCUCUCCAGCACCCAUACUUGUCGGGUCUUGUUGACCCGACAAGUAACGUGCCACCAGCCCAUCAAUUCCAUCUUGAUAUUGAUGAGAGUAUUGGGGAAGUGGUAAUUAGGGAGCUGAUGUUGAGAGAAAUCCUUUGUUACCACCGUCUUGAAGCUCCCUACUGUGUAAACGCCUUCUAUCAAGGGUGAUGUUUUUAUUCAGAGUAUUAUUUUUUGUUUGUUUUGAUUUUGUCUUCCAUUGUUGUGCCAUUGCAUCCAUGGGAGAGUUAAUGGAUAAACCUUUGAUUUAUGGUUCUCAAGUUAUUCUUGUAAUUAAUGUAUUUGCAAUAUGUACUCAUGAGUGUAAUGGAAAGAACAUUUUCUCUCGGCAUUAAUGAAAUUCAGUUUGAACU